UAAUUAAUUUUCUCGUUGUGUUAAGGGUGCCUGUUUAUAUUAUAGAAAUGGCAGAAAACAAAAAUGAAAUACUUUCUCCAGAUAAUUCUGACGACCAGUUAAAAUUUAGAGAUCCACUGAUAAGCGGAUUGGAUGCUAGUGAUGGCGAAAUGGAAAGCUUGAGUCUUGAUGCAUCUGUAAGAUCAGAACCUAGUGUGUCCAGAAGUUCAAGUUUGAUGGGAAAUCUUAGUCGAUAUGAAGAUUGUAGCGACGAGGAGACAAAAGAUUUAUUUGUGGUUGUAGAUGACCCAGAAAAGCACACUAGUACUCUUGAGGCAUAUGUCACCUUCAGAAUCAUUACAAAAACAACAAGAAGUGAAUUUGAUGACAGCCAGUUUCAAGUUCGCCGAAGAUACAAUGACUUUCUCUGGCUCAGACAAAAACUUGAGGAAUCAUACCCAACACAUCUAGUACCUCCUCUUCCAGAAAAACACAGUCUUCGUAGACUUGACAGGUUUAGCCCUGAAUUCCUUAAAGUCAGACAACAGGCACUUCAAAAGUUUCUCACUCGUCUUGCAAACCACCCGGUUCUUUCCUUUGAUAAAAAUUUUCAAGUGUUUCUUACUGCAAAAGCCUGGGAAUUCCAAGCUCAUAAGAAACACGGAACUGGAAUCCUGUCUCGAAUGUCAGACUCUAUUCACAAUAUUAGUGCUUCUUACAUGAUGAAAAACCGAAGUCCAGAGUUCACCAUGAUAUACGAUUAUAUACAGAAUUUUGCUGAGAAGCUUGGUGUCAUAGAUCGAAUUUCACAGAGGAUUGUAAAAGAACAAACAGAUUAUGUGCUGGAACUGUGUGAAUGGGGCCCUAUCUACACCCUCUGGUCAAACUCUGAGGACCAGCUGACCUUCCCUCUGCUUGCCAUGUCCAGGGCUGUGGACAUCUGUGCCCAGGCCCUGAAGGAGACAAUUGAAACAACAGAAGACAACUUUUCUCAACCGCUGAAGGAAUAUAUUCUUUACACAGAUGCUAUCAAAGCUGUUUUAAGAAGGAGAGAUGCAAUACAAAUGGAGUAUGAGGCAACAAUAGAUGAACUCAAUAGGAAAAAGGAUGAACGGGAACAUGUGAAGAUUUCUGACCAGACGUACUCCAUUGGGGCCUUCCUUGGCAAAGAUCCUGAAGAUGUCAAGCAGCAAAAACAAGACAAACUGGAACAGCAGAUAGAUGAGCUCACAAAGAAAAUGGAGGAGCUGAAUGAUAGGACGGUGUGUGCUGACACAGAUCUCAGGGUGGACAUGGAGCGCUGGCACAAAAACAAACAGAAGGACAUCAAAGAUCUCUUCAUAGAGGCUGCAGACAGGCAGAUUCUGUACUAUGAAAAGUGUUUGAAGACCUGGGAAGAUGCAAUAAGAGCCAUUCAAGCCAAGGAUAUUUCACAAGAUACUCUAGAAUCACAGGGCAUAGAAAACUCACCAAACAAUUUGUCAUCAGAGGAGCGUGGGGACACAAUGGAGGGAUCAAGCACGACAAGUGAGCCACAGGAAGGCACCACCAGUAGUGACCCCUCAGGAUAAAGGUGGAUGGCAUAAAGACUUCAACAAAUUAUCGAUUGUCAUAACUAGUCAAUUCUUUUCAAUUCUGAUGCAUCCUAUUCAUGUAUCUUGUCACUUUUGGGUCUAUUAAUCUAACUUUGUUGGUUUGUAACAAAAUAUUCUGUGAUUUAAGAUUGGAAUUUGAUAAAUGAGGUCAGAAAAAUGUGCUUUAUCUCAAGUUGGGGAGUACAGUAGUAUUUAUAAUAGAUUUUAAUAAAUGUAGCUCACAUGUAAAUGUGAAAAGACAAUGAAUUAUGCAUUUAGCAAUGAUACAUGCUUAAUAAACAAUCCAUAUAGGAAUUUGUGACACAUUUUUGUGUACCCAAUACUUGUAGCAGUAAACAUGCUUUUGUAAAAAAUCAAACUGUGAUUUUAUAAACUUUUGUAGUUUUGUUAUAAAUCAUAAUCAUUCAUUGUAUGUACAUGUAAAUGAGGGACCUGUUUUUCCAUAAUAACCUAGUUAGCUCCCUUUGUCAGUAUUACUCACUGGUGUGUCAAUCUGUAUCAUCUUUUGUGACAUUUCAAGUAGCUUGUUUUGUUAUAGAACAUCCCAAUUUGUUCAGAUGUACGUCUUCAACCUUAUGCUAAACAUUCCAUUUGUAUUGUACCGUUUGUAUUGUGUUACAAGAGGAGAUCAAAGCAUCAGCAAUGACCAGUUUUAUGGCAUUUAUUAUGUUGAUAUCUAGUGAAUAACUGUCAAUUCAUCCAGAGCUUAAUUAAUCCAACCAGACUUGCACUUGAUGAUAUUGAACAAUGAACACAGGUUUAUGGGAAUCUGCUACAUAUGUACAGGUAUGUUAGGAAGCUAGAUUGUCAGGACAAGAUAGUUUUGACUUGGUUUUAAAGUGUGAAGGUUUUUAGUGGAUUUAUUAUUUCUAGUUCUUAUAUUUAGUUCACUUUAUUUCUAAAAUGAGUUUUCAUAUGCUUUAUUUCUGAAAUGAAUUUGCCUGUUUUGUUUUUAUCAUAUUCUUUAUUUGUGAUUAUUUUUAACUUCAAAUUAUAUUAAUUUUUGUAGUGUCAGUAAAAUGAAAGAUUUUUUCUUUAGUUUAAACCAUAUUUAUUACUAGUUUUUAAGGAACAAUGUACAAUUAUACAAUCAAAUGAUGUAGUGAUAUUAUGUUACAAGCUAAAAUUGAUCAAGCUGUGUCUUUUUAUACACAGUGUUCAAAGUUCUGUCCUAGUCUGAAAACAACCAGUCACAUAUCUCAGAGUUCAAUCUAUAGUGUUUAAAUUGAAAUUAGUUUCUGUUUCCACAUAAGGAUGGUGUUCAGAGCCUGCUGUGAUUGAGAAUGUGUUGCCUAUGAACACUCAGUAACUACAAGGCUAUACUCUCUUUCCUCUUGUGGAACAGUGAUAUGAUAACUCUAUUAUACAUAAUUUUUCCAAAAUAUUUUGUGUUCAUUUUUUGUUUGUUCAUUUACAUGUGUUAAUUUUGGUUUACAAUAUACACUCCCCUAGUUAGUUUGUGUUUCAAUUAAUUGUACCCAAAAUAUAAGGUUGUUUGUUACUUUGAAAUAUUUUGUUAAUAUGCCAUAGUAUUUGUCUAUUUCCUAAAAAAAAAAUUGUGAUAGAUUACAUCUGUUAUUUCUAACAACCAAAUAUUUAUCAGGUCUCUUGCUUCCAGUCUUUCCUGCAGAAUAAGAUGUCUUUUCCAAGUCCUUAUGAAUGCAUGUUUUCUGAUAGAAAAAAUCAUUUGUUUCUAAGUUCAUAGAAAUUCAAGCUACAUAUAUAUUUGCUGAUUUGGCCAUUCUAGUUUUAAAACUCUAUUGCCAUUAUGUAAAUUAUUAUAUCUGGUGUUGAAUAAAUGAGAUCUGAUAUCACAAAAUCUUGAUGGGGAGACACAUGUUGUGAGUUGGAUGCAUUUUAUAUCAUUUAUUUACUAGAUUUUUAAGAAUUCACUGUGAUGUACCCUUGUUUUAUCAGAUCCAAGACCAGAGACAAUUUUGUUGAAAAUCCUGAUAUGUUUGAAAUGAAUGGACUUGUUGUGCAAAUCUAUGAAAUGCAACUUCGAUGUUUCAAAGAAUUGUGGUAUUGAAAGAGAACGGACUGCUUAGGUUGUUACAAGAGAAAUAAAGAACUAAAGAGAGAUAAAGAACUGGAGAGAGUACCAAGGAGGGUAAUACAGUGGAACUUGUUGCCAAACUCCGAUAUUAUUUUUAGAUUUAGUGUAAUCCACGUGGUGUUUUAGAAUAACUUUGGUCUUCUUUUUGUGCAAUGUCAGUCAGUAUGAAUGGACUUUUGAGUUGUAAGCAUGCCUGUUCCAGCCAUAGUUCACUGUAUUGUCCUAAUACUGUAAAUGUAUUAUAUUUGGCGUGUAUGAUAUUUGGCAGAAAACAGUUUUUUAACAAGUUGGCAUGGAUUUGAAUUAGCUUAUUCCUGAAUGUGACUAUUUUAACACAUGUAUGCAUGGCAUUUAGCGAUGUACCUUGAUUUAGCGGAAGUCACAUUUUGCCAGAAACGCUAAAUAGAAUACACAGCCAAAUGUAAUUCAUUUACAGUAUUUUACACUCUGAAUUACAAAACUGAACACCUGUCUUUGUCUCUUGUUCUGACUAUUAGAAUGUGCAUGUAACAUUGUCUAAUGUUAUUUGUGCUGUAUUUGUGCAAUAUUGUAGUUGUUUAAUCAAAGAUGUUGUUUUGAUUAAAAAAGUGUUUAACACUGUU